UCAAGUCAUUGUAGAGUUGUAGCAUACAUUCAUACAACCAACAUAUCUCUUUUAACCAUUGAUUGUAGUUAUCACUUCAAUAAUAUCUAAACCUAUUGUAAUUUACUGAGUUAAUGAAAGUUCGCGUAAUCUUCAGUAUGAUAAUUUUUUUUCCAUUUCAUCACAAAAAUUUUUUUUUUCACCAUGAAGCUAAAAACAGAAAGGUUUAAAGAUUCUGAUUUCAUAAGAAAAGAACAUAUACUAUACCAAGACAAUGUCUAUCGUUUUACCAUCUGGUUCCGGUGAAUCCUUCACUGCUGGAUCCCCAUAUACUACUCCAAUCCGUCGUCCUAUAGAACCUGUUGGUCGUUACUUUUUAGCUCAUGCUUCAAGAACUUUAAGAGGUCAUACUUGGUCUGAAUUUGAAAAAUUAGAAGCUGAAAAGAAUGUGAAACAAGUGGAAGAAAACGAAGAUGAAGAUUUAGGCGACGAAGAACAAUCUGAUGAGUUAUUAGCUCAUGAUCCAAGAGAAUGGAAAACUGCUGAUCUUUAUGCUGUGUUAGGGUUAUCUCAUUUAAGAUUCAGAGCUACUGAAGAUCAAAUUAGAAGAGCUCAUAGAAAACAAGUUUUAAAACAUCAUCCAGAUAAGAAAUCUGCUUCCGGUGGAUUAGAUCAAGAUGAUUUCUUUAAAAUCAUUCAAAAAUCUCUUGAAGUUAUGUUAGAUUCCACCAAGAGACAACAAUAUGAUUCUGUUGAUGAAGGUGCUAAUGUUAAACCUCCAGCUGCUAAAUCUGAAUAUGAUUUCUUUGAAGCUUGGGGUCCAGUAUUUGAAAGUGAAUCAAGAUUUUCUAAAAAACAACCAGUUCCUCAAUUAGGAGGACCUGAAUUAACUAAAGAUGAAGUUGAUGCCUUUUAUAGUUUCUGGGGUAAAUUUGAUUCUUGGAGAACUUUUGAAUUUAAAGAUGAAGAUGUUCCAGAUGAUACUGCCAAUAGAGAUCAUAAACGUUAUAUUGAACGUAAAAAUAUUGCUUCAAGAAAGAAGUUAAAGCAAGAAGAUAAUAAAAGAUUAAUAGAUUUAGUUGAAAGAGCUCAUGCUGAAGAUCCAAGAAUUAAGAAUUUCAAGGAAGCUGCUAAAAAGGAAAAAGCUGCUAAGAAAUGGGAAAAGGAAGCUGGAUCAAGAAAAGCUGCUGAAGAAGCUACUGCUAAAAAGGCUGCUGAAGAAGAAGCUGCCAAAAAGGCUGCUGUAGAAAAUGCUUCCAAGAAAGCUGAUUCUAAAAAGGCUAAAGAAGCUGCUAAAGCUGCUAAAAAGAAACAAAAGAGAAAUGUUAGAGGUUCAGUUAAAGAUGUUGAUUAUUUCGGUGAUGCUGAUAAAUCAGCUGCUAUUGAUGCUGAUGUUGAUUUAUUACUUGAAAAAUUCGAUGAUCUUCAAUUAGCUGAUGUUUCAUCAAAAGUUGUUGAAGCUGAUGCUGCUACUGUUAAAGCUGCUUUCAGUUCAAUUAUUUCAGAUUUGGUUGGUGCUGGUAAACUUGAAGCUUCAUACUUGAAAUAUUUCUCUGCUUAGAACCCUCCAUAUAUAUUUAAGUACAAUUAAUAUAAAUUAGUAAAGUUAAAGAAAAAAAAAAUUAGAUAUACAUUUAAUCAAGCUAUAUGAUUUUAUAGUUUUAUUCAUCUAAAUCAACUUUAUGAUGUAAUACUUCACCUUUCAUAUGAUAAUGAGCCUUUCUCAUUUCUUCAAAUCUUUUAUGUCUUUCUUCAGCUGAAACUUCUUCUUCUUCCUCUUCAUCAUCAUUAUCUUCAUCACCAUCAUAUUCUGGAUCUUUAAUCACCUCUCCGCCAUGAAGGGAUUCUAUU